AUGGGAAACGCGCCCUCAUUCUGUUGUUGUUGCUUUCCGUUCUUUUCUCAGCGUAGAGCUGAUCAAGAUCACCAGCAAGCGGCUCGCGGUGAAGCAAGAAGAAGUCAAUUCUCCUUACCACUAAGAAGAAGAUGUGGUGUUUGCGGAAUGUACAUUGAUCCCGUUCUUUUCGAUGGGCAUAGGGAAGCUUGUCGCGAGAAUAACUUCAGGAAUCUACGACAACAGCAACAAGGGGAGUUGCAGGAUUUGGGGGAUGAUUGUUCGAGGGACUACGAUACGGAAGAAUGGUGUGUUGUAUGCUUCGCGGCACGGCGUUCGUUUGCUUUUCUCCCUUGCGGACACGUAUCUUGUUGUGAGAAGUGUGUGAUGGCGCUUCAGUUUUGCCCGCUCUGCCGUGAACCCCGCGCCGCCCUUUGCCGGGUUGCUACCGGUCUUCUUUUGCAGUUUAAGUGCCGUCACUGUGGAGAAAUCAUCGCACCGGAAUUACACGAUGGUCACAGAGAGGUUUGUGGUUUCCGCAUGAUGCUCCUACAAAAGGGGAAAGAUGUGAGCAAGGAGGAAGACGGUAGUGACGGAGCGGAUGGACCUUCUGACCGAUGUGCGAUUAGUAACGCGGAAGACACUUCCGCUACAACUUGUCUUAACGCUGAUGCGGUUCUCACUACCUCCGGUGAGUGUGUGACAAAAUCUACAAUGCAAUACUGUAUACAAUGCCACGGUGUCGAGAGGCCACUGGUCAUCAUGCUCCCGUGUGGACACCGAUUACUUUGUGAAGUUUGUUGUAGCGGCCGUAAGACAUGUCCAGUUUGUUUGCAGUGUAUCGAGUCGUCAGUGAAGUCUUUUUGUUGA